AUGCGUCCCAGUUCGACGCUUACACUAUUGACCCUGGGCUCGGUUGCCCAGGGCGCAGUUUCUCUUGAAGACACCAGCCUUCCUCCUCGUGAUUUCGAGGAUUACAAGAGGGCAAUCGAGGCAAGAAGCUUAGUAGAUGAUAUUUGGAACGACAUCAAGAAUGCCGCUACCUGCACUGCUUGCCAGGGCAUUCUUGUUCUCCUCAUGGGUGUUGCUGAGUUUGGAAACAGCGCAUUUGUCGAUAUCGGUACAGGCCUGUGCGAACUUGCCAAGGUAGAAGAUAAGGAUGUUUGUGCUGGCGUCAUUGCACUCGAGGGACCCAUCAUCGCAAAUUCCCUUCGAAACAUGGAUCUCGGCUCAGAAUCAGCAAAGCUCUUCUGUGGAUCGUUCCUCGGACUCUGCGCCGAGCCGGCUGUUCCCCAAUGGAAUGUUCCUUUUCCCUCUCCAAAGCCGUCUACCGGCCGCCCUGCGCCGAGUGGGAAGACGCCUCUCAAGGUGGUUCAAUACUCGGAUAUCCAUGUUGACCCUCUUUAUGUGUCAGGCUCGAGUACAAAUUGCACGAAGCCUAUUUGCUGCAGACCUUAUACAGCCGCCGACUCGCCCGGCUCAUCGACAUCGCCUGCAGGGCCAAAUGGAGACCACAACUGUGAUUCCCCCGUGAGCUUGGAGACGAGCUUGUACAAAGCUAUCCAAGAACUUGUGCCGGAUGCGGCUUUUACGAUCUUCACUGGCGAUAUCGUUGACCAUGCAGUCUGGAACACUUCAGACGCCUAUAACGAACAGUCGAUUACCCACGCUUAUACAUCCAUGAGCCAGUAUCUUGGCCUCGUUUAUGGCACUGCGGGCAAUCAUGAAGCCAGCCCCGUCAACGCCUUCCCUGUCGCGUCUAUCAGCAACUCGUCUCAAUGGGUAUACGAUCUUCUGUCCGAUGAAUGGACUCGCUGGGUUGGAGCUUCAGCGAAGGCUGAUAUUGUAAACUUUGGUGCUUAUUCCACGAAAUAUCCCAACGGCAACCUGAGAGUUAUUUCUCUAAACACAAACUUCUACUAUCGUAUGAACUUUUGGCUAUACCAGAAGACGAUUGAACAAGACCCUGAUGGGCAGAUCAAGUGGCUUGUUAACGAGCUCGAUGCCGCAGAGAAAGCAGGAGAGAGAGUCUAUAUCAUCGGACACAUGCCCCCUGGCGUGGGCGAUGCAUUCCACGCAGGAUCAAACUACAUCGACCAGGUCGUGAACCGCUACUCGUCGACCAUCGCGGCCAUGUUCUUCGGCCAUACACACGUCGACCACUUUGAGAUCAGCUACUCAAAUUACAGCAGCCAGGAUGCUGCACAUGCCAUCAUGACGUCCUACAUCUGUCCCUCGCUAACACCUACCUCGGGCAUGCCCUCGUUCCGCGUCUACGACGUCGACCCAGAUACCUUUGCUGUCCUGGAUUCAACGACGUACAUUGCCGAUAUGACCAACGCCGCUUUCCAGACGACGGGUCCAGUGUGGACAAAAUACUACUCCGCCAAGGAAGCAUACGGCUCCAAGCUCAACCCUCCCGUGACCGAUCCGGCCGCCGAGCUGACGCCCGCGUUCUGGCACAACGUAACGGCGUUGUUCCAGUCAGACCCAGACGCCUUUAACCAAUACAUUGCGUACAAGAGCCGUGGUUGGAACGUAUCUCCGUGCACUGGCGAUUGUGAGACAGCAGAGCUCUGCCAACUGCGGGCUGGUCGAAGCGAGAACAACUGCAUAACAAUUGCGCCCGGGCUUCACUUCGAAAAGAGGUCUGACGUGGUGGAUGAGCAAGAACACGCUGUAAAUAGCGACGCAUGUGGCCUGUCGGCGGGGAUGAAGACGCUGAACUCAUUGGCAACGAGGAAGGAUUUGCUGCAAGAGUUGGCGGAUAGAUAUAAUGCGCUGAAGGGAAAUGCUGCGUAA